AUGCGAAGUGAGGAGCGCCUUUCGAAAACUGGUCCGAAUAACACUAUGAUGUUUGGUCUUUGUUGCAUGAGUGGCAAAGUUACUUUGCCUUUGUUGCCAGUACCACCUCCACUGUUGAUGUUGCUGCACGCUAAUCAACAAAGUUUGAUUGAUAAAAAAAUUGUUACUGACCUCAGAGACAUGCUUGAUUCCCAUAAUUCCCUUGCUAAGAUGUUUCGGUAUGCUGCAAAAAGAUUUGCUCAAGAUUCAACGACUCCACUUCGGCUUCGUCUUAUUAAGAAAAGGGAUACCGAUGGUAGAAGAUACAAUCUACCAUCGACAUCUGAAGUUGCAUCCCUUAUUAUAGGUGAUUUCGAUGAAGAAAACCUUGCAAGAGAUAGGCUGAAAGAUUGCAGUAUCAUAGGCACCACCAUAACAAGUUUCGCUCCCAUCAAUUUGCAAGGGCUUCAUGAGUGUCUUAUUCAGGGUGAAACUCAAGUUGCCAAAACUGGCAAACGAGUUAUCUUGCCAUCUUCAUUUGUUGGUGGUCCUCGAUACAUGUAUAACAAUUGCAAAGAUGCUUUUGCCAUAUGCAAGUACGCCAGCUAUCCGAGCUAUUUCAUUACAAUCACAUGUAAUCUAGAGUGGAAUGAUGUUAAAGAUUGUGUUGCCAAUUACUCUAUAAAGCCAAGUGACAGGCCAGACUUCAUAUGUACGGUCUUUAAGAUCAAGCUAGAUGAAUUACUGAAAGACUUAAAAAAUCGAUCCAUAUUUAGAAAGCCAAAAGCAAUUGUCUAUACAGUUGAAUUUCAAAAGCGUGGCCUUCCCCACUGUCACAUUUUGUUGUUCAUUCAACCAAACCAAAAGCCACAAUCCUCCAAUGAUAUUGAGCAACAUAUCUCAGCUGAGAUACCUGACGAACACGUGCAACCUAAGCUCCACAAAUUAGUUCAAAAGUUUAUGGUUCAUAGACCAUGUGGGGUGUUGAAUACCAGCAACCCAUGCAUGGUGAACGGAAAGUGUUCCAAAUUUUAUCCAAUAGCCUUCCGUGAGAAAACAUUUAUAGACAGUGCAGGCUUCCCUAAGUAUAAACGCCCGGAUAACGGCUGUUUCAUCCGUAAGAAAAAUGUUGACCUUGACAAUCGAUUCAUUGUUCCAUACAAUGCAACGUUGCUUCUCAAGUAUGGUUGUCACAUAAAUGUUGAGUACACUUGCCAAACAUCUGCUAUAAAGUAUUUGUUUAAGUAUGUUCACAAAGGCUUCUUGGAGGCUGUUGGUUUUGAGAUUCAAUUCAAAGAGCCUAGCAUCAUUCGCCUUCCAUUCCAUUUGCCAAAUGAACAGCAUGUUCUAUACCAAGAUCAUCAGCUUAUUGAAAAUGUUAUAGACAGUGCCGCUUCAAAAGAUAUCAAAGGUGUUGUAUACGACACAUACAAAGAAGCCUGUUAUGCUCUCGGGUUAUUGCAAGAUGACAAGGAAUUUAUUGAUGCUAUUAACGAAGCUAGCUCUUGGGUGUCACCUUCUUAUAUAAGGAGAUUGUUUGCAAUGCUUUUAAUAUUGAAUAAUAUUGCUCGCCCCCAAGUUGUUUGGGAGCAUUGUUGGCAACAUUGUGCAAAAAACGUGAUUUCUGACUACAGGCAAAUUCUAGGUCUCGAUAUCUCUGUUCACGAGCUGAAAUCCCCCACGCUCGCCAAAGUUGAACAGUUGUUGCAAACAAAUGGUAGGACCUUAAAAGAAUUUGUUGACAUGCCGUUUUCGGAUUCAUUGGAUUCUAUUGAACCUUAUGACACAGUCUUCUUUGAUGAGCUCAAUUUCAAUAAAAUUAAAUUGGCAACCAUUUCAACCGAUCUGGUUUCCUGCUUGAAUUGUCAACAGCGUGUUGCAUACGACACAGUAUCCAGCGCAGUUAGUGGUACCAUGGGUGGAUUUUUUUGUUUAUGGAUAGGUAGAACUCGGAAGACUUUUCUAUGGAAUGCGCUUUCUACUUCCAUAAGGUCGAAAGGUCAAAUUGUACUCAACGUUGCAUCCAACAGCAUUGCAUCGUUAUUGUUACCAAAUGGCAGAACUGCUCAUUCACGGUUUAAGGUUCCGCUUAAUGUAAACCAAGAUUCCAUCUCUGCAAAAUUAAUUAUAUGGGACGAAGCACCUAUGCUAAACAAAUAUUGCUACGAAGCACUCGACAAGUGCCUCAAGGAUAUUCUUCAUUUUAGCAAUGGGUUUAAACCUGAUGCUCCAUUUGGUGGAAAAGUUGUAGUUCUUGGAGGUGAUUUCCGUCAGAUAUUGCCUAUGAUUCCUCGUGGUUCUCAUGAGGAUAUUGUUCACGCGUGUAUUAAUUCGUCGUAUUUGUGGCACUCUUGCCAGGUGUUGAGAUUGACCAAAAACAUGAAGUUGCAUGACUGCUCACAGGAUAUGCGCGAUGUUGAGUUAAAGAAAUUUGCUUACUGGAUCCUUAAUUUAGGUGACGGGUUAUUUGGAGACAGCUCCGAUGGUGAGUCGGUGAUUAGGAUACCAGAGAAGUUGUUAUUUAAUUUUGAGUCCACAUCUCUUCACGAUUUGGUGUUGUUCAUUUAUCCAGAUAUCUUACUUCAUAUUUCCAGCGUCGACUACUUUAAGGACAAGAGUAUAUUGGCACCAACACUUGAUGUGGUGACCGAAGUUAACAAUCAUGUUAUGUCUUUGCUUCCUGGCAACGAAAAGGUUUAUUUGAGUUCUGAUACACUGCUAAAUCAAGACGAUCACUUUGAAUAUGAAUUGUACACAAUGAGCACAGAGUAUUUGAAUGCAUUGAAUUAUUCUGGUAUUCCACAACACAAGUUAGACCUUAAGAUUGGUGUGCAUUUCAUGCUUCUUCGCAAUAUUGACCAAUCUAAUGGAUUGUGCAACGACACACAAAUGCAAGUUAGGCGACUUGGUGAUCAUGUUAUUGAGUACGUCAUCUUAGCAGGACGAAACAUUGGUCAGGUUGUUUUAAUUCCAAGGAUGAGCAUGAUCUCCAACAAUGAAACCUUACCUAUCAGGUUUAGCCGAAGGUAG